CAUGUUCAAUCGUGCUGUUCUGUUCAUUGAUAGUUCCAUGUUCCAUGGUCUAUGGCCUAUGCCAAUUGCAAUGUAUGUACCAUACAAUGUACGUUAGAAACGUCUGAUGACUAAUUGAUACAACAAUUAUCUUUCUAUAAAUGGCAGUACUCGCUUGUUGAAAAUAAUAACGUUAAUUGUCAUUUUGAUAAAGAAAGAUGACUUCCAUCACCGAAGUAAAUUCGAUACCUAAAACGAAGAAACCAUCGGACAGUGCAUUCAAACAACAACGUCUACCUGCUUGGCAGCCAAUACUUACAGCAGGAACUGUGCUGCCAACAUUUUUUGUGAUAGGAAUUGCUUUUAUACCAGUGGGUAUUGGAUUGCUUUAUUUUUCUGAUCAAGUCAAGGAAUACAUUAUAGACUACACAAACUGUAAUUCUACGAACUAUUCUCCUUAUACAUGUGCGGAAUAUAUUGCACAGAAGCCUAACCCUACACCACCGUGUACUUGUGAAAUAAAGUUCACAUUACCAUCCCAUUUCAAUGGAAUGAUUUAUAUGUAUUAUGGUUUGACUAAUUUUUAUCAAAAUCAUAGAAGAUACGUUAAGUCGCGCGACGAUAAUCAACUAUUAGGAAAAUUAAGCAACGUGGUCUCUAAUGACUGUGAGCCAUUUGCCUAUGAUAAUACUAAUAAAGCGAUUGUACCAUGUGGAGCAAUUGCCAAUUCUUUAUUCAGCGAUGAAUUAUCAUUAUAUUCUGUAAGACAUGGAAGUAAUGUGCCAUUAUUGAAAACUGGUAUAGCUUGGCCAUCGGAUAAAGCAAUCAAAUUUAGAAACCCCGAAGGUGACUUGAAAGAAGCAUUCAAGGAAUACAGUAAACCAAAGAAUUGGACUAAAAAUAUUUACGAGUUAGAUCCAGAUGAUAAUAGUAACAAUGGUUUUCAAAAUGAAGAUUUAAUUGUUUGGAUGAGAACUGCUGCUUUGCCCACUUUUAGAAAACUUUAUCGUAGGGUGGACCAUGCGGUAGAUGGAUUCAAAAAUGGGUUAUUAGGAGGGGAUUAUAAACUUACUAUUAAUUAUUCAUAUCCGGUAUCAGCUUUUGAUGGCAAGAAAAGAAUGAUUUUAAGUACCACAUCCCUUCUUGGUGGAAAAAAUCCAUUUCUUGGUAUUGCUUACAUAGUUGUAGGAUGUAUUUGUUUAUUACUAGGUCUCAUACUAUUAAUAAUACACAUCAAAUGCUCUAAAAGCAAACUAAUGUAAAGAUGACUGCAAGAAAGUAUGCUUAGGGCACCGUAAUUGUUCUUUGUAACAGAGAUGAUUAACGUGACCCCAAAUACGCCAUAUCACGAAUAAUUGCACAUAGGCGUACUCAACGUUUGAAGAGCAUUACGGUCAUACUGCAUUUAUUUUGUAAGUGUUACUAGAACAUUUUUUAGAAUAGUUUCUCUUAUGGUGUAAAUGUAUGAAACGAAAAAUAACAAACAGUUAAAAAAAUA